UGCGCGCAGGGAUCAUACAGGGUUGUCCUUCAGUGCAGCUAAACAGAUAACGCUCACUCCAGCUCAUUCUUAGCGUACCUGGAGUAACUAUACGCAAAAGCAAACUACACCGCUGUGGACCAUGGCGGUAAGGAUUUUGCCCGUAGUGAGACUGGCCACCAAGGUGACAAUUGCAGGAGGAGCUCUGUACGUUGCCUGUGACUCUGGUCUGUUGGGAAGCAGUGAGCAGGGCUCAGCGGCCCUGGGGAAGGCCCAGGCUGCAAUACCCCCCGCCAUACAGGAAUGGAUGAAGUACUUUGGCCUGGAGGCUCAGCUUCCAACCAUGCCUAAGAUAGAAUUCUCCCCGGUUGAGGCAUGGAAUUCUGGAGUGCGGUGGACGAUUUCAACUCUUUCAGAGGCUCCAACAAAGGCAACUGAAUACUCAAAUCAGGGUUUGCAGUACCUGAAAGACCUCACCAAGUGAACAGGAACUCUCUGGGCAACCUGAUAUUUAUCAAUCUUUUUGACUUUUGCACUUGAGAAACGACAUUACUUCUUCAAAAGUUGUAGCCCCUAUAGGACAGAAGAAACACCCAACAUGAAAGAAAACUGCUAGAUGACAUUCAGCUGCAAGGAGUGUAGUCUUCACAAUUGUACUUUGGUUAUCUAAAUGAUAGUGGCAUUGGUUGGGAGUUGUACAUAAUGCGCAAAAGUAAAAUGUGUUUUAAAAACA